AUGCCGCUGAGCUUGGUGACCUCUCAGGUGCGGCAGGAGGUGCACAACUUCUUCCAAGGUGUCGUGGAGAGCUUUGGCGUUGUUGUGGUAUGGUCAUCCGGGCUUGAUAAGCGCCGCGCGCGCGACGGGGCCGAGGUGACGGAUGAGCAGGGAAGCCUGUCACCGCCGCCGUUCUCAUCUACAUCGUUGGCGGAUGUGGGUGAGAGGGCGGCUGCAGAAGGCGCACCCCCGACAAAGCCAACACCAGGGUCCACCGUGCCGCUGCCGCGGACCGCACUUCUCUCUGGGAGCGGCCCUGGUGCACCCCGUCUGGCGCGCACCUUCUUGAUGCCGUCGUGGAGUUUGCUGGAGCGAGAUCCAAAGCUGUGGAUGCUCCUGCGCAAGAACCUCCUGGCAAACCUUGCCCUUGCCUGUCUUACGCUCAUGUACAUGGGACUCUCACGCUGCCUCGCCUCAAGCACGCCAUCUUCUCUGAAUAGUGCGGCCGUGGGCGGUAGAAGUGCGACCACUGCGAGCCUCUCAGCGGACGCGCGCAGCAGCAACGGUACCACUUCAACGAGGUCCCUCACCACCUCCUUGGUAUUCCUCUUGUUGUUAUGGUCGGUGCGGUUGGGUCUGUGGAUGCUAAAGUAUGUCGGCCAGUGGCCCUUCUACACUCUUCUGCAGAUCAUCGGACUUGUAUGGUUUAGCCAGCUCUACCGCGAAACCUGGCUGGUGCGCAAGGGGUGGGUGCUCCGUGGUACCGAGCUACGCGAGGCACCAGCCGCAGGGUCUGCGAAGAGCAAAGUCAUGGCGGGUGGUGGCGGUGGGAGUGACCCUAGUGCCGCCUCCCAUCACGCACCUCCUACGUCCCCGCCGCCGUCCGUCGCCGCCGGCGUGGCGCUGCCAUGGCUUUCACCUAUUCCACUGUAUUCCGGCGCCGAAAGCAGCGGUGGCGGCAAAGAUGGUACGCCGUACGAGGCACGGGCAUUUUCAUCUUCGUUACUGCUCAUGUGCGCGGCGCUUCUGCGCUCUGUCCCGCCGUACAUACGACACACCACGAACUUGGUGUGGCGCAUGAUCACGCACAAGGGUCCGACGGCAGUGCUGCAGGACUGGGUGCUCGGCGACGCUUCCAAAGCUGCUGCUGCUGCUGCUGCUGCUGCAUCUGCUUUGACCAGUGCCCGCCAUCAUCAUGCCCAUACCUCAGCUGCCGCAUCGCCGCACCAGUCGCAGACAAUGUCCACAAGCCCCGACCCGUUUGCGACCGUCGUCCUUCACCUAGAAUCCAUCAGCGAGGUGCUGUUCAAGGCGCUGGCAACCAUGUCCUUUGCGCUCUUUGCAUCCGCAAUCGAACGACUGCCGCUGAUCGGCACGCCACUAUGUGCGGUGCUCAAUGCACAGCUCUACGUGUUCUACGUAUUCGACUACCGGUACGCCGCGCAGCAGCAACCGGACGCGGUGCACCAUCGCGGGUCAGCGCUGACGUACCAGCUGCGUCACUUUGAGCAGUGCUCGAUGUACUACGCCGGCUACGGCAUGAGCUCCGCCGUGCUGUCGCUGUGGCUGACACACCAGCUCGGCACAGUCGUGUCUGUGUGCGCCGUGUCGGUGCUAUACUCGUGGCAGGUGGUGUGGAGCGGCUUUGCAGUGCCGCUACCCUCGUCUCGACCGGUGCCGCUCUUCUCCGUGUGGUUCUAUGCGGUGGAUAUGGCGCAGCGACACUACGCUGUGCUCUGGCGCGUGGUGGUGAUUGCCAUCCUCCUAUACCUGCCCUUGGACUGCGCGUGUUGGCUGUUUGGCACUGGCGUUUGA